AUGAUAACACUAAAGACUGCUGUAAACACCCGCGCCCCUCUGCGCGAGCGGGCGGUUCCACUUGACCGGGACAAACGUCUAGUGCCGUCGCAGUCAUCGCUGCAUCAUGGCAUUUAUACGACUUUUGAUGAGGCAUAUGGCUCCGCUCCAGCGCGGACGGACCCGUCACAAGGCAACCAUUACCUGACACUGCUUCGCUCAGUGCGGUGUGGUGCCAACAAAACCAACGAGGCGACUGCUGAUACAAAGACCACAGUUGAUGACAAGGCAUGUGGAGGGGAAAUGAAGCCACGAGGGCAUUUGGAGGGAACUAUGAAAAGUUCCGUGGCGUCUUUGUUCGAUGGGGUUGCCACCCGACACAGCCCGAGUGAGUGGAUCACCGAACAGCAGGCGAGCAGCCAAUCGGUGCGGCCAGUGGCGCAACGGGACUUUUACAGUACGGCUCGGCGAGUGGAGCGCAUUGACGAUGACAUGCGCAGCGGUUUGGUCGGUAACACGCAGCGUACCGUAGAUAUUAUGCGAAAGCGUGCGACAAGCCCAACGUUGUGCCCCAAUCCUGACGUGUUCCCUGUCUUUCCCGCGCAGCGACGGUUGCUGGAUACUGACGCUGAUGGCCGGUGUGCCCGCAGUUGCCUGGAUAUCGUGGACUGUCAGCGACUUGCACCACCAAGCGAGAACCACUUGGGGUUUGAAUACGCCCCAUUGGACCGUCUCGCUCCAAAGCUGCCCGUAUCACCGGCGCUCGCCGUGCAGCAACGUCUAAUCACAGACAUGAGUUCUUCAAUGCCGCUCUUUGCGGGUACCGCAAAGGUGCAAAAGUAUGCCAUCCCGCGCUAUGCAGGACACGUACCGUCCUUCCCGCGCAAUGUGGAUGCUCUUCAUGGCAACGACACCUGUCCCCUGCGGAAGUGGAGCAAGUCAUACGUAACGCUGGCGACGGUCGGUUGUGGCACCGAUGCUGGUAGACGGAACAAAAACCCAUUGGUGCGUAAUCGCAGCGGUACCAAAGCCCCAGAAACAAAACCAAUGAAGCCGAAAACUAGUGAAGUAAUAAAAAUGACGGUUGAGGGCUCAAUGCUGCAGACGACGCUUACACAGUUGACGGAUGCGGAGCAAACGCUCAACACUCGUGUGGAUAAGAAACCAAGGAAACUUUUUUAG